AUGUCAGGUCAACCAAAUCACCCAACUCUGCUCAUUCCGGGCCCAAUUGAGUUCGAUGAUGCCGUUCUUCAAUCCAUGAGCCAUCACAGUGAGAGUCAUGUUGGAGCACCCUUUGUUGCAACAUUCGGCGAGACGCUGUCGAUGCUGAGAAAGCUUUUCCAAACCGAAGACUCUUCUUCACAACCGUUCGUGAUUUCAGGCUCCGGAACUCUUGGCUGGGACUUGGUUGCGGCAAAUUUGGCAGAACCUGGGGACGAAGUGUUGGUGCUCCAUACCGGAUACUUUGGAGACUCUUUUGCGGAUUGUUUUGAGACUUAUGGGGUCCAAGCAACACAGCUGAAAGCAUCCAUUGGGUCAAGGCCCCAGCUUCCGGAAAUUGAGAAGGCGUUGAAGGAGAAGAAAUACAAGCUGCUAACAGUUACACACGUUGAUACCUCGACUGGAGUCCUGAGCGAGCUGAAGGCACUCUCAGAAAUGGUCCACCGGGUCUCUCCCGAUACGCUCGUGAUAGUGGAUGGUGUCUGUAGUAUUGGAUCCGAGGAGAUUGAAUUCGACAAAUGGCAACUCGAUGGCGUGAUCACCGCAAGCCAAAAAGCAAUCGGUUGCCCCGCUGGGCUGUCCAUUUCGAUGUACAGCGGCCGAGCAAUUAAGACGUUCCAGGCCAGGAAGACCCCUCCUGGGUCUUACUUCGCUUCUUUCAAGAAUUGGUUGCCUAUUAUGCAAAACUACGAAGCGAAGAAAGCCUCGUACUUUGCCACUCCCUCACCACAACUGAUCCACGCUCUCCACACGUCUUUGACUCAGAUCCUUUCAAAGCCAUUGGCCGAACGCUUUGCGGCACACAGAGCAGCCUCGCAGAAAAUUAAAGAGGCUGUGACUGACCUCGGCCUGAAGCAGCUGGCCUCGGAUCCGGCAAAUCAAGCCAAUGGAAUGACCGCUAUUUACCUUCCAGAAAACGUGAAGGCGCCAGAAUUGUUACCAAAUUUGCUAAAGAAAGGUGUUGUAUUCGCUGGUGGUUUACACAAGGAAAUUGCUGCGAAAUAUAUCAGAGUUGGCCAUAUGGGAGUAAGCGUGACUGACCCCAAGCGUGAUGAUAUCGGUCGUGCGAUCCAGGCUUUGCAGAAUGGGUUGUCAGAGGCGGGUUACCAAAAGGCCUAA